CCUGGGGUGUUGGCAGCAGAGGCGGAGCGGUGUGUGCGGGGCUGUGUCGCCCAUUCCGUCCGUGGCACCAUGUUCCAGGGUCCCGAAGCCGAGCCGGCCAAGCCCAGCUCCAGGGUAUUGAAGCCCCCUGGAGGAGGUUCCAGUGACCUCUUUGGGCAUACAGAAGAAGUUUCUUCUUCGAGCAGGCCCCACCGGAUGGCAUCUAAUAUCUUUGGAGCAUCAGAAGAACCUCAGAACAUUCCAAAAAGAACAAACCCUCCAGGAGGGAAAGAAAGUGGUAUUUUUGAGGAUUCUGGUUCUGCUCAGCCUCGUCCACGCAUGAAUCCACCUGGUGGGAAGACAAGUGAUAUCUUUGGGUCUCCUGUAUCCGCCAGUGUUUCACGAGCACACCCAAACAAGCCAAAGGAUCACAUUGUCUUGAAAGAAGAUGAAAUGCCAAAGAAGCUAGAAGCUACCGAAAAUAUCAAACCACAGGUGGAAGAUGGAGGGGAGAAGAAAGAUCUGGAGAAAGAGGAGCGAUGCAAGAAGGAGCCAGAGCCCAAGAUAGACAAUCACGAGCCCCGGUUAGGGCCAAGGCCUCGCUCACACAACAAAGUCCUCAACCCCCCAGGAGGCAAGUCCAGUAUUGCAUUCUAUUAGGGUCAUCUCUUCACUUUCACUAACAGAGUCUGCACAGAAACUCUUCUCUUCUCUGGGGUGGCAAGGUCAGUGUAUAGCCUGCUGUUUGUGGAUAGAUUGUUAGGCAGAGGGAUGAAGGUUAUGGGUAG